AUGGGAGAUCAAGAACCAGUCGAAAACCUUCCCUCCUCCUCCGAUCAAACAACUGCUUCCUCUGUAACUAGCCACAUCCCUCAACCACUUAAAUUUCUUGUCUCCAACAUCAAAAAUCUUGCCCCUCACCCCCUCACAACGGACAAUUACUCUAUCUGGCAUGUUCAGCUGCUCCAGCAAUUUACCGCCAAUGGCUACGCCGGCCAUCUCACCGGCAUCGUCCAAGCUCCUUCGGACACCGCCUCCGCGGCAUAUGCCCAUUGGCUCCUCGUCGACAGCAAUCUGCUCUCCGCUCUCUUCUCAACCGUCUCUCAGUCGAUUCUACCAUACAUCAUCACCGCCUCCUCCGCUCAUGAAGCCUGGACGAUCCUUGAACGCCGCCUUCAACCCAUCAGUCGCUCUCGGGUAAUACAACUCAAGAAAGAUCAGAUGAAAGAUCAGCUUAUGCAGCAGUAUCUCACGCACAUCAAAUCCAUCGUCGACGGCAUAUCCGCGUCGGGCUCCAAGAUCGACCCGGAAGACAUAAUGUUGCACAUCUUGAAUGGCCUACCUCCUACGUUUAAUUCUUUUAAAUCCACAAUCAGAAAUUCUCUCCUACCGAUUGAUCUGGAUACAUUUUACGCACUCCUGUGCAAUGAAGAAAUCCAUUUACAGCAGGAAUCUCUUCAAGAUCAGUCCUCUCAAUCCAACACGAUUGCCCUCUACGCCGCUAGCUUCCCCAAUCAGCGCAAUCGCAACAACACCAAACGGUAUCCCAAACCAAAGAACCAACAGCUUCCGCCGCCUUCCCCGUCAACUCAGCCCAACUCCUCUACAGCUCUCCCUACUUGUCAAAUCUGCGGCAAACUAGGCCAUGUUGCACUGAACUGCUGGCAUAGGUGCAAUUUCAAAUAUGCACCGACCGAUACUCGCCAGCCUUGA